AUGCAAUCAUCACAUUUAACAUAUGUGAAUUAUGUUCUUGAAAAUAGUCAACCAGGUAAUAUACAAAGUGUCAUUGAUGCUGUUGAUAAAUAUGGAUGGACAAAACAAUGGUUAAUGAGUAUUGGUGAUCGAAAAGGAGUGAUUAUUGAUAAAGCUAUUCAAUCGAGAAAACCAAAAACUAUUUUAGAACUUGGUACUUUUCUUGGUUAUAGUUCAUUAAGAAUGGCAGCUCAAAUACCAAAUGAUACAUUGAUAUUUUCAAUUGAAAUAGAUCCUGAAUUAGCAAAAAUAGCUCAUGCUAUUCAUGAACAUGCAGGUGUAGGAGAUCGAAUUAAGAUUUUAAUUGGUUCAUCAGAAAAUGUUAUUCCUCAAUUAAGUAAACAAUAUCAUAUUAAUUCAUUUGAUUUUAUUUUCAUUGAUCAUGGCGAUUCAAUUUAUUUACGCGAUUUGAAAUUAUUAGAACGUCUUGGCUUAAUUCAACCUGGAACAAUGAUUGUAGCUGAUAAUGUUAUUACUCCUGGUGCACCUGAUUAUUUAUAUUAUAUUCAAAAUAAUCCAAAUUAUCAAACAAGAACACAGGAAACAGUUGUGCAAUAUCAAGAGGAGGAACGUGAUGGAAUUGAAAUAACAAUACGAAAUUAA